GACCACCAUCGCACAUAAAGCUACAAUUUGCAUUGCCAAACUAAUCCCUGGUCAACUUUUCACCAACGUAGAUGACCAAAGCCAUUGGGUGGUGUGUUGAUGAAUGCACAAGCAAGGCGGGCCCACUCGAACGGGCCGCAUCGGCAAUAUUUGCGAGCGCUUCUAGAUGACUAAGCAAGAUUUUGAUGACUUUGAAGCGAGUCACUGACUCACUGUCAGUUGCCAAUAAGCUGUUCGUCACCAAGAACAAUGUUUGCACUUCGGUCGCGUUGUGUGUCUCGUGCGGCAAAUUCGCGGUUUUUCUCGACUUCGACGCGCCUCUGCGUUCCUGAAGAUGCUCCAAAACCUCCACGAUCCGUCGAUGACUCGACCUCUGCGCUGGACUACAAAACGGCACAACGGAUACGUCCACCACCGCUUCCCGUUACGGACCUUCCAAGAUCUAGAAGUGCGGAAGAGGCUGUGACGAACAUCCUCUACAACACCCCUCCUCCGAGUCUGCAACCUUUCAAAAAACACAUCUUAAACUGUCUGGUGCAAAACGAACCUGGUGUUUUAUCCCGCGUGUCCGGCAUCCUUGCUGGACGCGGAUUUAACAUUGAUUCUCUGGUGGUGUGCCGCACUGAAAUUCGGGACCUAAGUCGGAUGUCUAUCGUCAUUAGUGGACAGGAUGGAGUUGUAGAGCAGGCAAGGAGACAGCUAGAGGACCUCGUGCCUGUAUGGGCUGUUCUCGACUACACAGAUACCCGCGUCAUCACACGUGAAUUGCUCCUGGUAAAAGUAUCCAUUCUCGGUCCUGAGUAUUUGGAGGAUCAAUUUGUGGGUGGACCAUCGCAUGAACCGAGGCGGGGUCCCCACCCACCUCACCGCGAGACUAAACUUGAAAAAGAGACCACGCUCGCCCAUAAUUUCGAGCGUGGUGCCCACACUAGCUCUCACGCAGAGCCGCAUACUACUCCACCCCCAUUGACUCCUUCCGAGGCCCUCCGUCUUAAACACCAACACCUUCAAUCCGUCUCCGUCUUAGCAGACCAAUUCGGAGCAAAGAUUGUUGACGUGAGCGAGAACAGCGUCAUCGUCGAGCUCACGGCAAAAACAAACCGUGUUGUUGCGUUUUUGAGUCUACUCAAACCAUUUGGAAUUUUGGAGUCAGCUCGGACUGGUCUUAUGGCAAUGCCGCGGACACCUAUUGCGCGUUCCUCGGAUGAUGCUGACGAUGCGGUGGACGAGGUUGGUGCUGUGGAUGCUAGUUUGCUUCCCCCUGGUUAGGUGGUCUUUGAUUAGCUGAAGCGGCCGUCACCUAAGUCUAGUUUACCUCGUGAGCGUUAUACUUAUAACAUCCGAACAGCGUCAAAGUCGCGCAAAUAUGGAAGGUUGACGUG